AUGGAUAGGAGGUCGAGCGACGACGGCGAUGACGCCGAGCUGGCCAUGGCGUCAGACCAGCGGGCUCUGGAGCGCCACCGGCGGGACGUGCUGGUCUGGACCUCCGCGCCGCUGCGGGACGCGGUGGAGGUGGUCGGUGAGGUGCGCGCGUCGCUCUACGUGGGCUCGACCGCCCGCGAGUGCGACGUCGUGGCGCGGCUCUGCGUGGUUCGGGCCGGCGAGGAGGCUUCCAGCUUCCAGCGGUUCUUCGAGGGCGUUGGCAGCGUGUUCGGGGUCGGCGGGGACGACCUGGGCCCGAUGCAGUCCUUCAACGUGUGCGAAAACGUAGCGCGGAUCCGCUUCGAAGGAGACGGCAGGCCGCGCCGGGUGGAGCUGUCGCUCGGCUUCACCGCCUGCAGAUUCGGCGUCGGAGACCAGGUCCGGCUGCACGUCUGCUCGGCCGCCCACCCGCGCUGGUUGCGGCACCCGCUUCAGGCGGAGGGCGAAGACUGGCUCACGGGCGGCGGGCCGACGGGCGCGCCGGCCACGCAGGAGGUCUUCAUGGACUCCAGGCGCCCCUCCGCCCUGGAGCUAACCCUCCGGGGGGCCGGGGUCACCACCCUGCCGCCAGAGCAGACGCCCAGCGGUGGCCGCUGA